AUGCCAAACGCCAAGACGCCCCCCAUUGUCAUGGACGCGUCCAAUGGCAUCGACGUCUAUGGGCCCUGGUUCGACGGAGUUGCCGCUCUCGAGAGCCUCAACUUGACACCCUCGGCCGUGGACAGCGCAAAGCGCACCAAGGUGGCCAUUGUCGGCGCCGGCAUGGCGGGCCUCAUGACCUACCUCGUCCUGGACCAAGCCGGGCUCACCAACGUGAGCAUCAUCGAGGGCAGCAGCCGCGUCGGGGGCCGCGUGCGUACCCAGUACAUGAGUGGCGGCCCGUUUGACUAUUCCUACCAGGAGCUGGGCGCGAUGCGCCUCCCCACGGCCGUUGUCCUGUCCAAUGCCACGUACAACAUCUCGGAGCAUCGCCUCGUGUUUGACCUCAUCGAGGAGAUGAACCGGCUCAACAAUGACGAGAGGCACAGAAUCGACUUGAUACCGUUCCUCAACACGCCCCCGAGUGAGCGUGUUCAUGGAAACGACGUCAGGACGACCACGACCCAGACCCCGCCAGUGGACGUGCCGCAUUCUGCUUCAGAACUAGAGGACCCCUUGCGGUCGACGCUGCCGGGGGAUGUCUUUCUCAAACAGAUGGCAUCCAACAUUUUCCAGGCGCACAGCGACUGGAUCAAGCACGGCCUCGCAGGUCUACCGGGCGACAGAUGGUCCCAGUUCGCCUUUGCGGUCAACCACCUCGGGGCAUCCCUCCGCGAUGCCAGUGAGUUGACGAGUGGCCCGGAUUCGAUGAGCUACUGGGCACCGCUUUGUGCGAAAAUCGUCCUGAGCCCCGAGACGCAAUAUCAGACGAUUGAUGGAGGCAUGAGUCGCCUCCCGCAGGCUUUCCUCCCACACGUCGGCCCCUCGAUCACGUUCAACAGCAAAGUCGAGCGCAUCGCCUGGAACGAGAGCGCCCAGAAGCUCACGCUGCAGUGGAGGCGCAGCCACGCGAAACGCUUCGAUCAAGGCGAGUACGACUAUGCCAUCGUCGCCGCGCCAUUCUCCGUCGUGGACCGCUGGCGGCUCCCAGACCUGCCUCGGACCAUGAGACACGCCAUCAACACGCUACACUUUGAUUCCGUCUGCAGGGUCGCGCUCGAGUACAAGACGCGCUUCUGGGAGCACCUCGAUCGUCCCAUCUACGGCACCUGCUCCACGGUCCCCGCCAUCCCGGGCAUCAGCAAGAUGUGCUAUCCCUCGUACAACAUCAACGGCAGCGGACCGGCCGCAGUCCUUGCCUCGAGCUCCAUCCAGCGGCCCUGGGGCGUCGACUGGUCGGGCGUACCGGAGGCAGAGCACGUGCAGUACGUCUUGGAAGCCAUGAUCGAGAUCCACGGCGAGGUCGCGCGGGACCAGUACACGGGCAAGUACGUGCGCAAGUGCUGGGGCCUGGACGAGUUUGCGGGUGCGGCGUACGCAACGCCGACGGUCGGCAGCGUCGAGCUGUACCUGCCGCAGUACUUUAGAACUCACAAGCACAUGAUUUUCGUCGGCGAGCACACUUCGUUUACGAAUGCCUGGAUCGUGUCGGCGCUCGAAUCCGGCAUCCGGGGGGCGGUGCAGCUCCUUCUGGAGCUCGGCCUCGUGGACGAAGCAAAGGACGCUGUCAACAAGUGGAUGGCGCGCUGGAUCAGCGCGGCUGCAGCCGGUCCAGUCCAUCCCCCUCACGUCCCGGUCGACGACGGGCAGUAA